UCUUCUCCUCAAAAGCCAAAGCCCCUUCUCAUUUUUCUAGGGUUCUGCUGUUCAUUUCUCUCCAAUCUUUCUCUCUCUAUAUCUAUAUAAAUAUACAGAGGAAUAUAGAAUCCACGAGCAUUUCUUUUUGUUAGGUUUUCGCAGCGAAGAGUUGGUUGCUGGAGAAAUGGCCUUGUCUUCUUCCUCUUCGCUCCUCAUCCGCCCCUGCGACCGAUCCAAGGCAUCAUUCGGCCUUAAUGCUAAUGCUGUCAACCUUCACUCAAGUAUAUUCGGGGCUAAUUUGCCAGUGGAUUCUUUCCCACUACAGAAAGUUUGUGCCCGCACUGUUCGUCCUAUUAAAGCAACAGCGACAGAAGUACCUCCCACCAUCCUUAAGUCACGAAGCAGUGGGAAGACCAAGGUUGGCAUCAAUGGUUUUGGGCGGAUUGGAAGAAUAGUUUUAAGGAUAGCAUCUUUCAGGGAUGAUAUCGAGGUGGUAGCUGUUAAUGAUCCUUUCAUUGAUGUGAAAUACAUGGCAUACAUGUUCAAGUAUGAUUCUACUCAUGGACCUUUCAAGGGGACCAUCCGAGUUAUUGAUGAAUCCACUUUGGAAAUCAAUGGAAAGCAGAUCAAAGUAACCAACAAAAGGGACCCAGCAGAUAUUCCCUGGGGUGAUCAUGGAGCUGAGUAUGUUAUUGAGUCUUCUGGAGUCUUUACAACUGUUGAAAAGGCUUCAGCACACAAGAAGGGUGGUGCUAAGAAAGUUGUCAUCUCGGCUCCUUCAGCCGAUGCUCCUAUGUUUGUCGUUGGUGUAAAUGAAAAUAGUUACAAACCAAACAUGGAUGUUGUUUCCAAUGCUAGCUGCACCACCAAUUGCCUUGCUCCUCUUGCCAAGGUAGUUCACGAAGAGUUUGGUAUUGUAGAGGGUCUGAUGACGACUGUCCAUGCAACAACGGCCACACAGAAGACUGUUGAUGGUCCUUCAAUGAAGGACUGGAGGGGUGGCCGAGGAGCAGGGCAGAACAUCAUCCCUAGUUCAACUGGGGCUGCUAAGGCUGUUGGAAAAGUUCUUCCAGAGCUUAACGGUAAGCUCACUGGAAUGGCCUUCCGUGUCCCCACACCUAAUGUCUCUGUUGUAGACUUAACUUGUCGUCUUGACAAAAGUGCUUCAUAUGAAGAUAUUAAAGCAGCAAUAAAAUAUGCUGCAGAGGGUCCGCUGAAAGGCAUUCUAGGAUACACUGAUGAAGAUGUUGUCUCCAAUGAUUUUGUUGGUGACUCAAGGUCAAGCAUAUUUGAUGCCAACGCUGGAAUGGGUCUUAGCAAAUCCUUCAUGAAGCUAGUCUCCUGGUAUGACAACGAGUGGGGUUACAGUAACCGAGUGUUGGACCUGAUUGAGCAUAUGGCCUUGGUGGCAGCAACAAAGUAAGAAGCAGCAGCUUGCGGGUUUCUUUGUUUUCGUUUUUUGCUGGGAAGACCGAGUUAUAUACAAGGCAGUAGAUGCGACAUGAAUUUUAGGUUGCUUGAAAAUGGAAUUGUCUUAUUAAAUCAAUUGUAGCCUCUUGAGAUGGCUUUGAAAUAAUGUACUACUAAUAGUAAUGUAUGUGAACUGUUGUGGAAGCACAUGAAUUGUUUUUUGGAUGUUAUGUUGCGACUCUUAGGACGCAACUGACAAGCUAUAUGAUUUUGUUUAUUUACAACGGUUAGAGCA